AUACUACUGUAGGAGUCCAUUUCCGUGAUGGCCCUGAUGCCCUUCCCAAGUGCACGUGGCAGUAUGGGAAGUUGUGACCUUCAUACUCAGCCAGCCCUUCUACAGUCCAAGGCUCUGCAGCUUGAUAAGAAAAUCUAUCCCGCUUCCCCUUUCAUGGCAAAGCCAGACAAGCAGACAAUCGGCCACUAUGGCGAGGCACUGAGCAAAUUGAGAGAUAGCCUUACUAACCAAAACGCCUACAUCGAGGAUGCUGUCGUUUUCUCGAUUCUUUCUCUCCCUGAAGUGGAGUAUCUAAUGGGCAAUAUGUCUGCUUACGACGCCCACGUCAGAGGCCUGAAGCGUCUAGUCGACCUGCACAGGGGACUAGAUUCGUUGGGAUGGGUGGGCUUGCUGAAACCAGCCGUGACCGGCGUUCUGGCCUUUUGGUACUCCAUAAAUCAGCCCAGGCCUGGUGAUCCUUUCGAAAUCGACCGUGGCCAAUAUCUCGUACCAAUCACACCAUCGAUUCUGCCGCCGAAUUUGGAGGCUGGGAGAGUCCAUGGGUACCUUGAUACCGGAACGAGGCAACUUGUGGAAGAAGAGCGACUGUCACCGCAUGUUGUGUCACACGUUCAACAAUACUACAACUGGAACGAUGUUGACCUUUAUUCGUUCGCUCCCUUUGGAGGCAAAUCCGCUGCUAAUGUAGAGGCCCGGGAGCGAGGCUGGGGGCUAAUGGCAUAUGCAGGCAACAGCUUGGCUGACCGGAUCGUGCUUAUUGCAAUGCAGCAUACUCUCCUUGAUGUCAGCCACGCAGAACGAUUUAGCAAAUAUUAUGGCCCGCUGAUUCUCAACUGGGUGGGCUUCUGCGCCCGUGCCAUAGAUGAGGUCGAUGCAAAUGACACCAGCCUCUGUGAUCUCCUGAUCUGGGUAUGCUUGAAGCUUGCAGGAGGCUUGACAGCGACCUUUCUUAAGAUAAGAUCUUCGUCCAGGAAUGACCGGCGGUUCCAGCUGAUGAUCAAGAUGUUGACCAUAUAUCCGAAAACUCAGGAUUGGAAAACACUUGAAAGUGUCCUCAAAAGGUUUCAUUGGAACGAAUACUGCUUGCACUUCUGGCACCUCGUUUGGGGCAUGGUCACUUCAUCGAUUCUUCCAGAGCCAAAUCAGCGUGUUGGAUGA